AUCACAUAUUUUGAAAUAUUUUUCGCGUUUUCCGUUAAAAAUCAUCGGAGAUUGUUACGUAAUCGACGGGAAGUAAACUGGUGACAAUGCGGCUUGAACGCGAAAAACAAAAUUAUUAUCUUUAUUAGCAUACACCUUAACACCCACUGAGGAUUUGUUCUUCAACAGAUUUGCUCUUUAUGACUCCUACUGGGUGUUCGCUAGCAAGUUCUUAAGGCCAUUUGUUAGACGUUUUUAUAAACUACAGCAGGUGAAUAGGGCGUAAUACACUUCUCAAGAGGCACCAUCUUGACGGUGCGAUGUGGCGACAUUUCCUACACACUUUCUACAUCUUUCUUUGCCUUAUUUUGACUUUCCCGUUGACAAAAGCAUUCAAAAACAAGCAAUUCCAAAAGGAAGACAAUAAGUACUUAAAUGUCACAGAGAAGGAUACUUUCCAUGUAGAUAAGGUAUCGCAGUGUGCUGUUAAAAGCUUAAAAGACGAUUCCUUACUUUCGUUUAACUUUAAAAAGGAAAGAUCAAACGACGGGAAAUACUUGUGCGAAGUGUUACGUACCGAUAGAUACAUCAACUGGAAAAAUUACACUAAUAAUGCCGGCUAUCAGCAUUACAACGCAAAGAGCGACUGCAUAUCACGGCCCUGUCAGCACGGUGCUACAUGCCUCGCGCAGUACCCUUGUACCGCAUACAUAUGCUCCUGUACACCAGGGUAUACGGGAAAGCAUUGUGAAACAGCUAAGUACAUCAGUAUCAGUGUAACGUCAAGGGGACGGGACGAUCCAAACUUUCAGACGAAGAACUCGAUCAUGGUGAACAAUAUCGAUCUAGGGGUGCCUGCACGAGGACACAAUAUUGUGGCCCUCUAUCCAACGGGCGCGCUUCAUUCUUCAAGAUCUUUUGAUACAUUCGAACAUUCAGGUUCCGGCAACAAUAUGGCUAACUACCUUAAUUCACUACCUAAUAACAUGAUCGUUCUCGUCUCAGUCCUUGAUUUUGGCGAAAGGUAUGGAGGUCCCGCGGCCUCUGCUCUCGAAAGUGUGGGUGCCGUUGAACCAGUGCUCUCCCCUGGGCUUCGGGAGUCCUGGGCACUGAUUGGCUACAAAGGGGGGAGUAAGCCGUGGAUUAAACAAGCGAGAAAAACAAGAUAUAAUGGACCCGCUGUCAUAUCAGCAUACAUCCAAGAGGUGCACCCGUAAGCAAGUCCACGAUAUACAAAGAAACUGCUUACUUAGUAGCCGACCACUGCACACUAAAACGGAUUCGAUUGAAACCUUCCUUCCACACUAACACACGCGCUGGAUCCAGCGAAUCCGGUUACUUUUAGAAAGGCCGUCGAAAGUGAAUCAAAAUGAAUCCGUAUACUUUGGUCCUAAGUGUGGACGGUCGAAUCCGUAUCGAAAUGAAAACGAUGGCGUCAUAUCGCAGGCGCGCGCUGCUUUGAGCAUGCGCAUAUAAUAAAAAUGACGUCACCCUGUACCUGCGUUUUCAAACGUAUGAAUCCGUGUUAGUGUGGACGGCUGGAUCCAGGCGAACACGAUGCGAAAACGAUAGUGUGGACGCAAAUCAAAUGAUGCGUUUUCGGCGAAACGAAUCCGGAUUUUUUUUUAAUCCUUAGACUCCUUAGACUCACUGCUCACGAAUCACGAGCGAUUUGGUUUAGCACACCCACCUACCAAACCGAGGAGUCAGUAUUCAAAAGCCAGUGCUGUAGCAGGCCUCAGAAAAUUGGAAGAAGGGGGGAUGGCACGAUAUCCCCCCCGGGGGGGGGGUGGUACUCAGUCUUUGUUUGGGUUUAGGGGUGCCGCUGGGGGUUUUGAAACCUGACCCUGUCUAGGACAACACCCUCAAUUUUAGGACCCUGUUAGCAAGUGAGAGGAAGCAAGGCAAUCAGAUCGGCGGCGGGAUCAGCGGUUACGAGUGUUAGCAAGGCAACGAAAUCGGUGCCCUGUUUAGCACAGCCUUGCUUGAAAUUAUGUACUCUGUUCAUGACACAGAGGCCUGAAAUAUAUACCCUGUUCAGGACAGAGAGGCCCGAAAUGUAAACCCUGUUUUGGAAAGAGAGUUAAAAAACCAUCCCCUGUCCAGCGGCACGUCCCCGUAUAGCCCAUAUCAUCCCCCCCCCCCUCCCCCGCCGGCACGAUACUGAAACAUCGAGAAAAUAUUUGGGGGUACAGCCACACUACUUUUUUAAUUCCUUGUAAUUUUUUAUUGGGGCCCGCACCCCCUUGCGGCCCUAAAAGCACAAGACAAGCUCGACUAUUGUAUGGUUUAACUUAUAUUACCUCUUGGUCUGAAAUGUCGGUUUUUUAAAGGUAAAAUUUAAUACUUCCGGGGAAAAUAAGCAAACCAGAUCAAACAUAACGACAUAACUGUUUGUAUGGCUUUCUGGCUGAAGGGAUGACAGAGCAAGAGAUAGCGAGAAGGCAGGACAAAACUUUCUGUCUGAAGAAAUUCCUAGAGCCAGAGAUAGCAGGAAACCAGUUAUAGAUUCAUAGAACAUUUUUUUGUAUUUUCAGUGUAUUUUAAUCUUCAAAAAUAAAAUAGCAUGUCACAAAA